UUGCCGUUCAAACGAAUAGCCCAUCGUUCCACGUAUGCGGGGUCAGCGCAUGCCUCGGGGAACAAUUCCACGACGAUAACUUGGUACUCCUGCUUACUGUGAGGGUAGUUAUGAGUUUUUAAGGUGGCGCAGCAUCAGCUGUAUUGUUUUGAUCAGGCGUGUGAGUGUUUUUUGACUUUGACAAGACUGUUUGCGCGCUAAUACCAAGAAAUCAAAAAGCUGAUUCACGUAAAUUCCCUGUCCUUGGUGGUAUCUUCUAAGCAGGUGAGGAGUGAGGAGAGGCAACUCUUUCUACCAGUCUACAUGGGCUUUAUGACAGUUAAUUCAAAAUGGCUGUGUGUUUCACUAAGAGCUUCAUUUAUCUACUACUUGCUUUCGGUGGUUUCGUUGCUGCACUCCAACCUUUCAAAACAAAAUAUAUCGAAUAUGGCUUAGAUAACGAAGCUAUUUGCAAUCCUGUGGCACAUAAUAUUCAAAAUGUGGAUAAUCUCAAAAAGAAUAAAGAUUCUGCCAUAAUAGUAAAACCAUCACACACCUUUACUACAUGGCUAGUUAACUACAAUAAAAUUUGCAGAUUCAAAAUAAGAUCAGCCAAAGAAAUGGGACUAUUUGCUGUGAUACAAAGGAUGUCUCUUAGGCGUAACGGAACAGGAUGUUUAGAUUAUGUUCAGUUUCAGGCUGAAAAUCUUGACGAGAAGGAACCGCACAUUUCAGAAAAGUAUUGUGGUAAAUUGUACAUUUUUAAAGGUGUAGAACGAUACUUUCCAAAUAUGAAUGCAAAAGAUUAUGAAUAUGUUGCUCAAAGUAUUGAAGAAGAUUCUAACGAGAAUUUUAAACAGAGUUUUGAAAUUAGUUCUACUGCUGGAAAAAUAACAACAGAAAUAUUCAUUUCAAAACAACCAAUAAAAUCAGGGGAAAUACUUGAUUUACUGAUAACAUAUACUCCAUUUAGAGAUUGCAAUGCUUCAAAAUCUACAGGCUUCCAUUGGUUUAAACAUGCACAUUUCAAGAGCUUCUGUAUCAAUGAUGAAUACAAUUGUGACCAUUUUAGAAACUGUGUCAGUGGAAUGUGUUCUGAUGAAACUAAAUGCACUUAUCCUGAUGAAACAAGAAUAGUUAGUGAUGAAACAGGAACAAAAGUGACUGUUAGUGCAGUGACAACAAUAAUUUUAUGUUUCAUAAUAUUUGUUCUAUGCAUAUGGAUAUGUCGAAAACACAAAAAGCUUUGUUGGUCAUCUGAUUGUACAAGACCUUCAUCUUCUAUCAGUAGUAACAAUGCUGGAAUGCCAAUGGAACCAAAUCAACAAAGCACACCAAACCCGCCAUUAGUAUCUUCAGUACCUAUGUUAGAAGUGGCUGUUCCAACAUCUCAAGACAAAGAUUUACCACCAACUUAUGAUUCUUUAUUUCCUACUCAACAAAAUACUGAUACUACCACUGCCAACACAUAGAACGAAUUUAUUUUUAAAUCUUGGUUUUUCAUGCUGACUUGUCUAAUGUUAUAAUUAGAUGAUUUUAAUUAGAUUAGAAAUGAUUUUCAUGUGACUCAAUAUUGCACUUUGAAGUGUAAGUGAUAUUUGUUCAAUUUUGAAUACAUUACUGAGCAAUUCAAAAAGAAUCCAAAUGUAUACCAAAAAGUUAAUUUGAAUGUGUUGUUGUAGACAUUGCCAUUUCUGUUAGCAAAGCAGUUAUUUCCAAUUUGUUUUGUAUCUAUAUAUUUAAAAGUUAAAAAAAAUCAAAAUAAUGCAUUCAUGUUUCAUAACAUAACUUAAUGUAACAAAAUUAUAUUAUUAUUAUUAUUUUCUUAAGAAUUUUCUAUUAUUUUAUAUUUUGAUACUUCAAAAAGCAAUUAUUGUUGAAUCGUUAUUAAUACGCUAAGUCUGAGUCAUUCUGACGGAGCCAAAUUCUAAUAUUCUAUAUUUUUUACAAUGAUAUUAAAAUUAGGAUUAAGGUCUAUGAAUGGAAUAUAAGUUUUGAAAAAGAAAAAAAGACAAUAACAAUAAGAAAGAAAAUAUUGUAAAAAUCCGAUAUCUAUACAUCUUCUUUUCAAAGUUUUUAAAAAACUUUUAUAUCUUUUUUCCAAUUAUUUUGUAUUCAGCUACAACAAUUUUAUGAUGGAAAUUUUAAUAUGCAAAAAGUAAUUACAGAAAGAUCUGAUUUUUAUUAUAUACAAUGAUCUUGAUAACAAUGUAUUAUGUAUAGUUUCAUAAAUUUACUUUAUAAAGUACUAUACUAAUUGCAAAAAUCUUCCAGUAAAUAACAGUAAAUACUGACAGUACUCUUGAUGUCCAUAUUUAUCAUAAAAAUGCUUUCUCCGUCCUGUAUUGUAUUUUAUGUAUGUACCUGAAUUUCAUCACCAUGUAAAUUUUAUGCUGUCUGUGUAUAGACUAUGAUAUUAAACAGCACUGUAUAAUAAUGUCAUAUACUUUUUUUUUUUUUUUUAUUUAGGCAAACUCAACCCUAUAAAGGGUUAUUUUGCAAUAGAGAAAAAUAUACAUUAGUUUUUAUUUUUUUUUCAAUUCAGUGUAUACUUUUGUAUAUAUUUAGAGUACUGUAUAAUAAAUGUUUAAUUAAACAAUUGCAAUAAGUAUUUAAAUGUGUUCUAAUCAAUUUAAAAGAAAAAGAGAAAAUUCAUAUUUUUUGAUUUUGUAAUUGAUAUGAUAUUGAAUAAAAAUAUAGUUA